UCGGUUUGCAAACACGAUACAUUCCUUCUCCAGUGCCGGAGCUGUGCCGAGGAGCAGAGGAGGAGACGUGAGAGCAGCAGAGGGAGGGGCCACCUCAACCAAGAAUCACUCAUAACUCACUUGGAUGGAUUUAAGCAUGUCAUCCCGGACAUAGGUAGACUACGGGCUAUGUUAUGUUCAUGUGACGUGUGGUGGGAGGCAGUGAGGUAAACGUCCGGAUACACACACACACACACACACUAACACACACACACACACACACACACACACACACGGGCUGAACGGGAUGCCCGCGUGACUGCAGGGAGGAAAGAGGCGGCGGAGGAGGAGAAGGAGGAGGAGGAAGGGGGGGUCUAGGUGCGUGUGUGGACCACCGCAAAACCCCCGAGGUGGAGUUGUCAAAGAUCAAACCCUGUACGGAGAAAUUAAUUCCAGCCCGGCUGCUAUUUUUGGUGCAGUUUGAAAAUCGAUGGAGGAUAUUUAUUUCCUGUCCACGUCGAGGUAAUUAGUCUCGCUUCCCGAACGCACCGAUGUGAUCUUGGGGCUUUGAUCUCUACACCGUCUUCUUUCUUUUGCCGUGACAGCAUGAGGACCUAACAUAAGGUCGCGGGAGGGGAGCGCACAUGUUCGGAUGUUGCUCCUCCUGAUUGGACACACGGACUGACCGGCUCGUGUCAUCUCUGCUGGGGGUGAAACAGCGAGCUGCUUUUCUUUGGGAUGCUUUAAAAUCUGCGGCCUGCUCUGGUCUCCAGUUACCGCAAUGCCACUGGCGAGAGGAGGGAGAGGUGGAAGGCAGAGGAUGGAGAGGAGGGAGCAGCAUAAAGCAAAUGAGUAUAACAGUGAUGUGUAGAUUGCAGCAUAUAAAUAGUGUGGUUGUGUUUUAAUCAGAGAAUGGUAUAGGCUGUAUAGGUGAUAGUGGCCUGUGAAGUGCAUGGGAUGAAUCAGACACUGUAUUGACUGAAGCUAUCUUAGUAUCAUGGCUGAAACGUCAUAUGAGGUGAGUACGGUGGCUGCGAGUGUGUAGUGGCUGCUCAGUUCUCAACUUUCUGCUGACAAAGUUCUUGGACUCACUCACCGGACUAUAGUGCGCACCAUGGGGCAUUGCGCAGAGCCUAUGGCACCUGCCAGUGGAGAGCUUGGUGCAUAAUUGUGACAGAGUGGAGCUCUGAAGCCAGCAUUUAUGUCUCUCCCUCUUCUCCACGCCCGCACGUCUACCCACACAGCUGAACUUUAUUUUAUGAGCCCAGUGUAAGCGCGAAAGCUCUCCCAGCCUCCUCCGCACACACCGACGAGCCUGACAUGCCUUCGCCAUCGGACUCCAGCAGCGUGGCUUCGGCUUCGGGGUCUCGGGGCUGGUCGGACAGCCGCAGGGGCAUGUCGGGCCGGGGGCCUGGUGGGGCACGGCUACUCCUGUACCUGGGGCUUUGCCACCUGGGCCUUGGAGCCAUGGUUCUGGCCUUCUCCUUCACCAGCAUGGCCUUCACCUCCUCAGCCCGUGUGAGGCAGUCCUGUCCAUUCUGGGCUGGCUUCUUUGUGGUGGCAUCAGGGAUAGUUGGAAUAAUCUCAUGGAGGAGACCUCUGACGCUGGUGGUGUCACUGUUCAUGUUGCUGUCUGCGGUGUGUGUGAUCCUCAGCCUGGCCGGCUCCAUGCUCUCCUGUCAGAACGCGCAGAUGGUCAAGUCUAUGCUCACCUGCCAGGUGGAGAAUGGUGUGUGCGUGUGCUGCGCGCCCACUCACUCCUGCUCCAUCACAGAAGAGGAGACCCUGGUGCUCUACCUGAAUGCUGACUGUCACUCAGUCAGGCAUCAGCUGAAGGACCUUUUGUUCAGUGCAUGCGGUCUCAGCAUUCUCUCCACCAUCAUCUGUACUCUGUCCACUGUGACGUGCAGCAUCCACAUAUUCUCCCUGGACCUCGUGCACCUGCUGGCCCCGCAUCGCUCUCGUUCAGUCAACCCAGAAUGCACCACUCCUCAGGACGCCUUCCUGACCAACAUCAUGGACUUUGAGGAGUUUGUCCCACCCAUCCCUCCGCCCCCGUACUAUCCUCCUGAGUACACCUGCAGCUCUGAAACAGACGCUCAGAGCAUCACUUACAAUGGCUCCAUGGAGAGCCCUGUUCCUCUCUACCCCACCGACUGCCCUCCUCCGUAUGAGGCUGUGAUGGGACAAAGAGCUGCAAGCCAGGCAACAGUGUUUGAUCCCCAUGGCACUGAGCUGUCUGGAGAGAGAGGGACUUCAACUGCCUUCAGUGGAGAAGUGUCCAUGGACAGUGGAUCUCUGCUGAUGUCAGAGAUUGUGGACAUCCCUGAUGAUUCCUCCCCCUCUGAGGACUCUUGUCUGAUGGAGGUCGGGCUGAGGACUCAGGGGGACAAAGGCAACAGGAACUCUGGCGAGGGGGGAGACGGAGGAGACAGUGGGGAGUACAUCAGCUUUCGUGGUCCCCCGUCUCAGACGCCAGAGAGUCCUCUGGCAGGAGGACCGAGAGCCAGGCGCUUCAUCAGAGGAGAGCGGUCCAACUCGUGCUCUUCGCCCAGCACAGCGACCACCACAUACAGGUCUCCAGUAUUGCGUCGCCAGGCCAUGCUAGCUAGUAGCUGUUCCCAGCUGGAAGCAAUAGGGAAAUCCACAUCUCCGCAGCAGUCCUCUGUCCCAGAGUUUCGAGUUCGCCCCUCCACUCCCUCACACCAAGGAGCUGCCCCAUUCUCCCCUGCUCCUCCCAUUUCGUUGCCCCCAGCUGCCAGUGAGCAGAGUGGUGGUCCGGGUAAUGGGCCACCCCUCCCGGGCCAACCAUUGUACCUUCGACGAAGGGCUGGUAAAGGUGAGAAGGAUGGAGAGGGUGUGAGGAGGGGUAGUGAAGGACUCCUGCGUCUUGUGAGGUCACACAGUGAGCCAGGCCUCGGCUCCUCGACUGAUACAGUUGACUUUGGCUCUGGAGGCAGCAAAGUAUCUAUGGACACAGGUCCGUCCUCUGAGGCAUGUCUGCUGCCCCGCACCUCUUUACCUCCUGCCACAGCUCUACCGAGGAAAGGCAGCGUGAAAUCAGCAGCCACAGGGUUGCAGGUCCCCUCCAAACCUCCCCCCACCUCUCCACUGCGUUUACCUAAAGACUGUCACCGUUCCCUAGGAGACCUUAAGGUGACUCGGGGUCUGGUGGCUCGCUUCCUGCAGCGCUCCAAACGCAACCUGUCACCCUCUUCCGAGCAUGCUGGGAGCACAGGGCAGGGGCCUAAGAGGAGGAGUGGAGUUGAGGGUGCUGCCACCAACCACCUGCCCUUGGAGCAAGUGUUGCUGACCCCGUGGAACGCCAGCCGAGGACACCCCGCCCAUCACGCCCAUCACCCUCAUCGCCGUGGACACCACCACUCCCAUAGUGACAGUCGACACAACAGGCACCACGGCGGUCGGGUGCCAGAGGGGAUCCACCUGCGCAGUUGUGGGGAUUUAAGUUCCUCGUCCUCAUUGUCACUACGUCGAUUAGUGACACCUCAUCCACCACAUGGGUCAUCAGGCGCUCUCUACUCAGAGUCUGCGCUGUGAGGAGGGGAGGAAUAAGGGAGGGAUGGAGGAGGUUGACAAGGUUGUGAGGAAGACGGGAAUAGGAGGCUGAUUAAAAGGAGAGUCUGAGGCAGUGCAGUGGAGAUAUCUAUCGUCCCUCCUUUUCCUCUUUGUCACCUGCGUUUCCUGAAGCCAACUGUGCAAAUGGCCUUAUUCAGUGGUGCUCUUUAUCACUCUGAACAUCAGCCCAGAGCUCACGCUACUCCACUCUUCAACAUCAGUGAAACAGUCACUAGAUGCUUAUUUCUGGUGGUUCGAACAGAAGAAGAAAAAAAUCGGAGACAAACAACCAGAAGCAUCUUUUUCCCUCUCUCAAAACUCAUCUGAACACAUAUCUUCCUCAAGACUGGGGACAGAUCUCAACUGGCAUUCAUGCUACAACAACCACUUACUCACAUGUACAUUCAGUCUAAUUAUAAUAAUGAUUAUGGGUUGCAAUAUGCUUCUGGCCCUUUUGUACAUUGCUGUUCAUCCACAGGAUCGCUCAGGUGAAGUGAUCACAGAAACCCUUAUUUUGUCUUCCAUUUAUAAAAGAAAAAAGCAUCUCAAUAAACAUAGCUAGCUGAGUCCAAUGUAAGAUAAACAGAUGAGGCUGCACAUGGAAAAACCCUUAACUGAGU